AUGUUUGCAGCUUUGGUCUUCCUUGCGCUAACAGCGCAUGCAGCACAUCUUCGCAGCAAUGUAUCGUAUGCUGAUGUUCGGGCAGCUGGAACCAGGUCUUUGUAUCAAGCUGACCCGCAAUGCCAGUGUGUGGCCAACAACCCAAACUGGAAGAAGACUGAGCGCACCGAGCCCAAGUGUAUCUUCAUUGACCUCGGCGCAGCUGACGGAAACACUUUCUCCAAGUUCCUGGAGGACGACUACGGCUCGGUCAAGGGUUGCCCCUCCGGAAAGUGGGAGGCAUUCCUCCUGGAGGCCAACCCGCAGUUCACCAAGGAGUUGAAUGCCUUGCAGGAAAACUUUCCGGGUCAGGUGCAUUCCCUUGCAGAGCAUGCUGCCUUCUCCUGCGAGGGCACCACGAGCUUCUUCAUUGACAAGGAUGCAACUCACAACCACUGGGGAUCCAGCAUGAUGUCCGAUGCGCCCGAUGCUGUGAAGAGCGGGGAUGUGAAGGUGACCGUGCCGAUGAUCAAUGUUGUGCAGCUGAUUGCCGAGAAUGUGCGGCCGGAUGACUGGGUCAUGCUGAAGGUGGACAUCGAGGGGGCUGAGUAUAAUCUCAUUCCCUGCCUUGCUGAGUUCGCCGAUGCUGGUCUCGUGGACAGAAUGUAUUUGGAGGAGCAUUGGUGGUUCCCAUCCAUUACGGAAGCCGCCAAGUCUGCUUUGGCGAAGGGCAAGCAGCAGCUCCAGCAAAAGCAUGUCGACAUCCCGGCCUAUUACUCCCACACCUAG